AUGAUUUCUUACAACUUUGUUGAAACUCUAAAGGCGUUUUUCCAUUCUCCAAGACGCGUCUUCUCGCUGAUCGUGGUACUAAUGGUUAUCAACUUUUCAUACAAUAGUUAUACCAUAAAUAAAUCAAGAGUGAUUAACGAGAAACAACUAAAAAUAUGUAACGGAUUUGACAAUCAUCGGUGCGAAAACGGAGGACUAUUAGAAUACAGUGAGGCGAUGGGUUUCACGUGCGUGUGUACUCACGGCUACAUUGGGGAAACCUGCGAGAAGGCAAAACCCAUCACGUUCAUAGAAAUUAUAUUGUCGUGGAUUCAACAAUCGAACGUAAACUCGGGCAAACCAGCGAACUGGUGGCGUAUCUUUCCUUUUAGUUCAGGGCGUCAGUUGGCAAACGUUUACGCUUACCAUCAAAAUGUAUUGAAAAGUUUAGAAGAGGCAUACUAUGUUACCGGAAACAAUACAAACAGACACAACAUUGACGGAAGAAUAUUACCCCGUUCGCGUCCAUUGAUGUGUCCAAACAACAGCAAUUUACCACCACUUAAUAUAUUGUACUCCAAAGUUUUUGAACGCAAAUCUGGUCAGUUCCAACCGGAUUUACAAAACCGCAAUUUACUAUUUCAAGCCUUCUAUCAAUACUUUAUUUUACAAUUUUUCGAUUCUGAUUCCAAAUUAACGAUAACGGCAUCCCAAUUAUAUGGCAGAGACAAAGCGUCGGAAAGAUCAUUAAGGUCGUUUUCUGAUGGUAAACUCAAAACACUAUACUUUAAAAAGGAACACUAUGCGCUGUUCAAGACGCCCAUUUCACACUCAAACGUAUACCUAAAGGAAUAUCUGGAUUCGACGUUCGUUUCAUCGAAUAGCAUUUUGACCAUGUUCAAGGGAAUUUGGAAAUCGAAAAUUUUAAAUCCAAGUCCGAUGCUUUUUGUCGUUUCGACGAUUUGGGUUCGGGAACAUAAUCGUGUUUGUGAUAUGUUGUUACGAAUGCCGUUGCCUAAAUGGACCGAUGAACAAAUCUACAGGACAGCCAGGAGAAUCGUCACCGGCCAAAUGAUGUCAGUAAUGAUAAAUGAAAUUCUAUACUUGUACACUGGACAGGCGUAUCCGUUAAAGCUCAGACCAGAAGUUUAUAAGCACCGAAUCCAAAACAUUAAUAGUUCCAACACGCCAAUUGAACUUAUUUUAAUGAUGGCUGUUUCCAGUCUACCGGAGCAAUUUAACGGGAAUCCUAUAGGUUCAUUGUUUUUUGGUGACAACGGACAAGUGUUGGACGGAGGUUUAAAAAAUACGUUACAAUUUAUGGUCAGUCAACCUAUGGGUAAGGUAACAGCUCACAACGACGGACCGACGACGAAACCGUUGACUGAGUUUUUGUUGAAGUUGUCCCGAGAACACGCUGUACAGAGUUUUAAUAAUUAUCGGAGACGAUUUGGGCUACCUGCAUAUGAUAGUUUUUAUCAGUUGACCAAAAACUGGAAAACCGCUAAUGAAUUGAAAAAUUUGUACAAAAGCGUCGAUGACGUAGAGCUGUUAACUGGCAUGUUAACAGAAAGUUCGAGAAGCGAUUCGCUACCCACCUCUACAAUCAUGACACAGAGUUUUAUUAUUAAUGCUAUUUUAGUCAAUAACCUUACGAACGAUGUUUCAUGGAAUAAAGAUACAUAUGGAGGAAAGCAUAUGUUUGACAUGGUUAAGAAAACUACGUUGAAGACUUUAGUGUGUCGAAAUUUGGACGGAUGUGGCAACGGUUAA